AGCCAAGUUCGAAGUUUCAUCUUGGUGAUGACGCUGUAUCAGUUACUGUAUUUUCAAACGAAUCAUCGGUACUAAAAAUUCUACGGGAUUAAAGGUAGGGUGUAUUCCGUUGUGUUCCGAGAUAAGCUGCCGGUCCUAAAAAUUUCUGAAGACUGAGAGAGAGCUCAGGAAAAAUCGGGUAGAGCAAGAGAGAUAAAGACAGCAAACUGAGUUCAGAACACAACACAUUUUAUUAUCCUUUCACGUUCGUUGUUCAAGGUGACGUGACGUACGCGACGAUUCGUGUUCCGUAGAUUUUCGAAAAUAUUCAAUAGUGUACUAGAUAAUUAUCCUAGGAAUAAAUACAGAGUGCACCACAGAGUUCACUGAAACAUGAAAAUAUUAAGAAACUAGCAGAAUUUAUUACUCAAGAUGUAUUGCACGUUAAAAAAAUGCAUCCGCAGCCAAGACGCUGUAAGGGCCCUAAGCACAGGUGAAGUAUCUACGGCUUUAAGACCCUUCUAUUUCUCUGUGCAUCCCGACUUGUUUGGCCAAUUUCCCACACAAAGGACUGUGAAUGAAAACUCCCUGAAGCAGUUGAGUUCUUUGAUUGAAACUCUGCAGCAACGGAGGCCAAUCAGGCCGACUACGCUGCCCUUUUAUCUACGCUCAAAAGACGAAAAGGAAGUCAAGGCUGGAAAAUUUACCUUGGUGAAAAUACAGUUGGCAGAUCGUGAUGUCAGAGAAACAAUUCUGUGCAUACUUAAGGCAUGCAAUCUUUCCACAACUUUCGUUGAUAAAAUAGAAGAGAAAAAACCACCAGCUUCAAAGCUAAAGUCACAAUUUUGGCAGAGGUAUAGAGCACAUGAUGGCAGAAUUGAUUUUUCUGAACUUGAGGAUGAUCCUAUCUAUGCUUCCAUUAUUAUGAGGAGGAAAAUCAACUUGGAACCUGACACGUUCAAAGCAUAUUUAGAAAAGCAUAGCAAUGAAGCCCUUGUGAAAUUAGAGGCAUGUCGACCGAUCCGUGAGGAGGUGGCCAAACUAGAGAAAGAAUUAUGUUUAGACUUGGGCUUGAAGAAAAUAGUUUGGGACUGCGGCUGGAAUAUUGCUCACUAUCGCGGUUGCUUAUUAGCCUUUCUGGCACUCUCCAAACACCAUCCUGAGCCCAUGAAAGUUCUCCAAGGUAGAAUUCUAGUCUUUGCUAAUGACACAGGCAUCAAUUUGGAGGGAAAUGUAAUGUUGAACUCUGGUGAAGUGCGGCACAACUGGCUUGAUCUAGUGAAGAAUGUGAAAAAACAAGAUGCUGUUCUGCUGCGGCUCCCAGCAUUUGAAAAGGCUGUCUCUCAAGUUCUGCUUGGCAUCAAAGUUGGAAGACGGGUGCAAUUUAUGUGCAGGAAAUUCAUGCCGAAGGUCAUGGUGGAUCAGUACGAACAACAGUUACGUCAGUUAACUACUACUCUGAGUGACUAUCGAAGCCGUAGAAAAUACCCGACAGAUUGGCCCGAAGAUCUGAGCGCUUACGAAAUUGUAGUCGAAACCGAAGCUGGGCCUCUGAUGCUAUCACCCACAGGACAAUUCAUCGUUCCAUCAUCCUGCCCUAGUUUUCUAUUAAUUAGCUUCAUCACAGAAAAUUUGAAUGCAGCUACUGAGAGACUAAAUCAUUACAACAGGGUGAAACACGUAGAACGAGAGCUUCACAGAAAAGUAGCACUUGAGCUAGAGCUGGCAGCGCUAGAUAAAGAUGAUAGCAUAACACCAGAUUUGAUGAUACAAUGCUGCGAACACCUUUUGCAGAACAAAACUGUUCUAAUGCCAAUGCUUUCUGGGAUUAGGCUAUGGGUCACUCACUACUAUUCAGUUAUGAGCGAUGGAGUCUUAUGUAUACCAUGGGACUGGAAAAUAUGAUAUAACAAAUGUUUCAUGAUUUUCAAUAUCUUUAAAAAGACUUCAAUAACAGUUCAACUAUAGCGCAUAUUGUUGUAAUUACAAUUUUUUUAUUUUUCUUCUGAAUUUUAUUUUCAUUUUCGAAAGUUUACCUAUUUUGGUAUAUUCUUUUAAUGUAUAUUAAGCAAACUUGGAAUGUUAAACUAGUAUAGAUUAGUCAACGAAGGUUCUUUUCAUUCGAAUCGUAAUGAGAUAAUUCUGUGCCAUUCUUAGUAAGCAAACAGAUUCUAAUUCAACACUAGCGAAUUAUAUUUAUAUCUAAUUUAGCAACGAGACUGUAGUACUAUAGGUAAUAACUGCACAGACAGUCUUGUAUCACAGUUUUAGUCAAUUAUUAACAAUCGUAUUUGUACAAUAUCGGAAUAUCGAUCACAUUCUAAUCAAAUUUGAAUUCUAAAGGGUGCAAUUAUGGUACAUGUAAAUACAUUUUUAUAAAUAAUGACAAUAUUUUUUGUCAGUGUCGCUAUGUAAUCUUGCGAGCAAAGUACAUGCAUUGGUUAGUAUGUUUCAUUUACUACUUAUGCAUAAGAAUAAAAACAAAGGCUGUAAAGAUUAUGAAGAAACUAUGCAUGAAAUUUAAUUUGAAAUAUCUUCUGCAAGUCCAAAAUAAGACCCAGUCUUGACAAAUUUUUCAUCUAAAUGAUUAAAAACGUUUUAUUUAGAGUACAGACUUCAACAACUUUCUUAUCAGUCAGUUUUUUUGACAGUGCUGGGUAGGAAAAAACAGAAAUACACCACAUAUAUGUAUGCCUGCGCUCGAGAUCAGCAAAUAAGGAUUUUCAAUACAACAUGAGCAAUAGUGCCAACAAAUAUUAAAAUAACGUAACUUAAUUUUAUUCUAAAAUUAGAUAAUAGCUUAUAUUUUUCUAAGCUUGUUGUAACAGGCUGUUGUAUAAAAUGUUAUUUGCAUCUAAAAAUAAGUAGAAAUAAUGAAACAAUUGACAAUAGCCAUAUGACAUUAUUAUCUUGUAAAUAAAUUGACCUUGUUAGAAGAA